GGAAACAAGUGGAAGUAGAUGUGUGACAAGUGCAAAGGGUUGAGACGUCUCGCCCGCGGCACGCAGAAAAAAAAUUGGACUGAAAUUCAGUGUCUGGCGCGCGCGUGUCAGGUGUCAACCAGGUGCGGCCGAGGCCCCGCCCCACACCUGAGGACGCAGGCCCGCGUGAGUCACAUCUCCUGGCUUCCGGGUUGGGUUAGCGCCAUGGCGGAGGUCCUGAGCGUCCCGGAGUUCAUCCGCGAGUGCAACGACGACUAUGCGGCGCCCACCACCUCCAGCUUCUCCUCGCGCAUGACGCAUUGCAGGAACAGCGUGGCCGCCCUGGAGGAGGUUCUGGAUGUGGAGCGCUCGGUUCUAUCCAAGCUGAAGAAGGCGCUCAAGUCUGUCUACGCGUCGGGCCUAACCCACGUGGAGCACGAGGACCAGUACGUGUCGGCCAUGGAGAAGUUGGGCGACACGUGCGCUUGCGGGGAGGACGCCGCGGUGGGCGCCGCCUUCCUCAAGUUUGCCGUUUUCAGCAAAGAGCUGACGGCGCUCUUCAAGAACCUGGUCCAAAAUAUGAACAACAUCAUCUCUUUCCCGCUGGAAUCGCUGCUCAAGGGAGACCUGCGCGGCGUCAAAGGGGACCUGAAGAAGCCGUUCGACAAGUCCUGGAAGGAUUACGAGACCAAACUCUCCAAGCUGGAAAAGGAGAAGCGCGAGCACGCCAAGCAGCACGGCAUGAUCCGGACCGAGUUCAGCGGCGGGGAGAUCGCCGAGGAGAUGGAGAAGGAACGUCGCGCCUUCCAGCUCAACAUGUGCGAGUACUUGCUCAAGGUCAACGACAUCAAGGUCAAGAAGGGCGUGGAAUUCCUGCACAACCUCAUCAAGUAUUUCCACGCGCAGUGCAAUUUCUUUCAGGACGGACUGACGGCCGUGGAGAGUCUGAAACCGUCGGUGGAGAAAAUGGCGGCCGAGCUCGCCGCGAUCAAGCAGUCUCAGGACAGCGAGAGAAAACAGCUGACCCAGCUCCGCGACGUCCUCAAGUCGUCGUUGCAGUCGGAGGGGAAAGAGGUCAGGCGGACGGGAACCGGCGUUCGGGGGCGCGUCGCUAACCCCGUGGCCUUCGUUCGACAGGAGGCGCCGGCCAAGCCCAAGCAAGGAUAUAGCUUGCACCAGCUGCAGGGCAACAAGGCGCACGGCACCGAACGCUCCGGCGUUUUGUCCAAGCGGAGCGAGGGGCUGAGGAAGGUUUGGCAGAAGAGGAAGUGCUCGGUCAAGAACGGCUUCCUGAGCAUCUGCCACGCCACGGCCAAUCGAGCACCAGCCAAACUCAACCUGCUGACGUGCCAAGUCAAGAAGGACGCCGACGACAAAAGGAACUUUGACCUCUUCUCACAUGAUCGGACGUACCACUUCCAGGCCGAGGACGAGACGGACUGUCAAAUUUGGGUGUGGGUUCUUCAGAACAGCAAAGAAGAGGCGCUGAACAAAGCCUUCCGGGGCGACCAGGACGAAGGCGACAACAUCGUGCAGGAGCUCACCGGGCAAAUCGUCGCCGAGGUCAAGAAGAUGGCCGGCAACCAAGUCUGCUGCGACUGCGGCGCUCCGGGUCCCUCGUGGCUGUCCACUAACCUGGGCGUGCUGAUCUGCAUCGAGUGCUCGGGGAUCCACCGGGAAAUCGGGGUGCACUACUCCCGGAUCCAGAGCCUGGACCUGGAUGUGCUGGGAACCUCCGAGUUGCUGCUGGCCAAGAACAUAGGGAACGCCGCUUUCAAUCAGAUCAUGGAGGCGGAGCUUUCUGCGGGAGGCGUGGCUAAGCCUCAGCCCACUAGUGACAUGCAGAGCAGGAAGGACUACAUCACGCGCAAGUACGUGGACAAGGCGCUCGUCCACCGCGACUGCACCGACGGCGCCGCCCGCCUGCAGGAGCUCUACCGGGCGGUGCGCAACCGCGACAUCCUGGCCCUGCUUCAAGUCUACGGCGAGGGGGCGGACCUCACCGAGGCCUGCCCGCAGCCCAACCAACACGAACCGGACGAAACGGUCCUGCAUCUCGCCGUCCGCAUGGUGGACAGGAACUCUCUGCACAUCGUGGACUUCCUGGCGCAGAACAGCGCCAACCUGGACGCGCGGACGUCUCGGGGGAGCACGGCGCUGCAUUACUGCUGCUUGACGGACAACGCCGAGUGUCUCAAGCUUUUGCUGAGAGGAAAAGCUUCCGUGGCCAUCGCCGAUGACUCCGGAGAGACGCCGCUGGACGUGGCCCGACGACUCGGACACGCUCAGUGUGAAAACCUGCUGACUCAGGCUCAAUCUGGGAAGUUCAACACUCACGUGCACGUGGAGUACGAGUGGCGUCUCCGUAACGACGACCUGGACGAAAGCGAGGACGAGUUGGAGGACAAGCCCAUUCCGUCCCGCCGCGAAGAGCGCGACCGUCCCGUGAGUUGCUUCGUGGGCGCUCCGUCACCGCCCGCCCGGCACCGCGGGCAGAUUCCCAGCAUGAUGAUCAGCAACGAGACGUACGGCGCCAUACUGGAGCGGCGCUUGCCGCCCGGUCCCGAUCCCCCGCUGCCUCCCAGGGGCCCGGCCAGAGGGCGGUGCAACAAGCCGGUCGCCAUUGAAACCGUAGGAAGACAGAGGUCAUCGUCAGACCCACUGACCCUAAACGACGCCGCGGACAGAAACACUUCCGUGUACGUUCUCCCCGUGGCUCCUCCGCCCCCUCCGGCCAAUCACAGGGCCCGGACCGCCCCCUCUCAUCCGCCGCCUCUGCCACCGGGUCCUCCUCCUCAACAUAAAGCACCUCCCUCAGGCCCCAGACCACCAGGGCCCAAAUCGCCUAGCGGAUCGGACAGACGAGCCCCGCAGAGAUCAUCACUAAGAACAGACAGACGAGGUCCCGUCCGGUCCCCUGAAACCUUGGAGCCUCCGACGCCCAAACCGAGAACCGCCUUCAGCGCGUCCAGGCCCAAACGAGUGCGGGCCAUCUACAGAUGCUCCGCCGACAACCCCGACGAGCUGACGUUCGAGGAAGGCGAGGUCAUUGUGGUGGAGGGCGAGGAGGACAGCGAGUGGUGGGUGGGCCACGUGGAGGCCGAACCCGCCCGGCGAGGAGUCUUUCCGGUCACCUUCGUACAUUUCAUCACCGAAUGACGUCGCCUUCUGCGUCUUGGUCAACAGGCGCUCGCUUCACUCAUCGACGGCGCUAGAUGUGCAAUCCAUUUUGACUGGGAGAAGGGCGAAUGACGGUUUGUUCACUGGCCCCUCACAUUCUAAAUGGAUUAGACGUCUAAAGCAGUCAUUGGCGGCCAAAGUUAAAUGCUUUGUUUCCCAUGAUGUGUUAGCAUUAAAGGCUAAACUAGAGCAUGUAACAGUUUUAAUAAUACACAACAUGUACUCUCUUAAUAUUUUGUGAAACCAACCUGAACUAGGAGUGGCUUUAAACUUGCCGAAGCGUCUUUUAAAUCAAUUAUUCAGCAAAACCAAUUGACUCCCAUGUCAUUAUUUGGAUGUAAGACAUCUGUAAUCUGUAAAUCAAGAUGGUUCUCCCAAAGGUUUCUCAUUCAUCUACUGUAUGACUGUAUAGCAAAAUGACUGUGAUAUAGGGAUAUACAAAUAAAAUUGAAUUGAAUG